UCGACCCAUGAACGUGAUCUAGCUUUAGGUAGUUAAGCUUUCUUUUUCUUUCACACAUAUAAAUUUUUCUUCAACCCUAAAACUUUAUUCUUCCAAAAAUUUAAUCUCAUAUAUAAUCUCAUUUACAACUAAAUCUUUCGGUUUUACUGUAGAACGGAGAGAGUAAUAAUUUUGAUUAUAACUAUCCUUUGUUAUUUCGAGGAUUUGUUUUAUGAAAGGAAAAUUGUGAUUUUCUUUUUACAACUUUUUUUUUUUUUUUUCUAUUUAUACAUAUCUAGAAUUUAAGAUUUUUUAAACUUUACCAAAGUUUGAUCGAUUAUUCAUAUUUUUUUGUAUUAAAAUCAAAUCGUUAAUCUGGUAUUGAAAAAAAAAUGACGUCGGAAAAAGUAAGCUCGGAUCUCUCGAUGAUUUUGCCAAGGGUUCUCAUUGUUUCUCGCCGUACUGUGCGUAAGAACAAGUUCGUCGAUUUUGUAGGGGAAUACCAUUUAGACCUUAUAGUAAGCUAUGGUGCAGUACCAGUGAUUGUCCCAAGAGUUAGUGGUGUUUCAACGUUGCUCGAAAGCUUUGAGCCAAUUCAUGGAGUACUCCUUUGUGAAGGUGAAGAUAUAGACCCUUCUCACUAUGAUUCUGAAAUGUCAAACUUCACCGCUGAGGAACUCGAAGAGAUAAGGCGAGCACAUGCUAGUGAUACAGCUAUUGAUCAAGAGAAAGACUCAAUCGAGCUAGCCCUUGCAAAGCUUUGCCUUGAAAGGAACAUACCUUACUUGGGAAUAUGCAGGGGAUCACAAGUCCUAAACGUCGCUUGUGGUGGUACUCUUUACCAAGAUGUUGUGAAAGAACUUUCUAGGGAACGCCCUGAGUGCCAAAGAGUAUCCCAUAUUAACUAUGACGAUUAUGAUGGGCAUAGGCACGCGGUGGAGGUGGUGGAGGAUACACCAAUACAUCAUUGGUUUAAGGAGUCCUUGGCAGAGAAUAAUAUGGAGAUUUUGGUUAAUAGCUAUCAUCAUCAAGGUGUUAAAAAGCUGGCGCAGAGAUUUGUUCCUAUGGCUUUCGCGCCUGAUGGAUUGAUUGAAGGGUUCUAUGAUCCUGAUGCUUAUAAUCCAGAAGAGGGCAAGUUUAUUAUGGGGCUGCAAUUCCAUCCAGAGCGAAUGCGACACCCUUCCUCUGAUGAGUUUGAUUACCCUGGUUGCCCUUUCGCUUAUAAGGAAUUUGUGAAGGCUGUGAUAGCUUAUCAGAAGAAGCUAAGCAGUCAAGCAAGCGUGCCAAAGGGUCCAAAGCUUAAUAAAGAGCAGGAAACCAAGAGAAGAAUGAUUGUCAAAAGCUUCUCAAUUGCAAAGGACAUGUAUAUAUCAGGACGGAACUCUGCUGUUGCUGUCAAGGAAUCAGAACUUGAACCAGGCGCAGUAUUCCUUGAGGAAAAUACAGCUUACAGUGUAUUGAGUUUACAACAAGAACAUAGGCUAAGGCAGAUGGGUGCAACUGUGAGGAACGGACAUGGUUAUAAGAAGCUGAAGUUGAAGGAAGAGCGGGAGAAAGUGGCAAGGUCAAUCAUAGGGAAGAUGUCAAUCGAACAGCUAUCUGAUAUGAUGUCGUUUUACUACAUGAUGGGGCAGAUUUGUUCCGAGGUUUUAGAGACCAAGCUUCAACACCUGGAAUUGCUUCAUGUGAAUGAUAAGUCUUAGCAGAGGACAUGUUUUUUUUUUUUUUUUUUUUCCAACUAUUAUUGAAAUAAAAAGGGUAAUAGUUGAGCUCCUUUGUUGCUAUUACUUGCAUAGCCUCCAUUAAUGAUAAACUGAUUUUUGAGAUGGAUAUAUUUGUUCAUCUCAUUCAAGGGGUGAUAUAAAAAGUAGGAGGAUGAAUAGAGGGCAACUUUUUAUCUAAUUCUAAUUGUUUUCUUCUGCAUUAUGUCUCAAAAAUUACAAUUUCUAAUGACAAGUUAAAAGUAGGAAAAUUUUCAUUUUGGUGUCCUGGUCUAUAGCUAUUAUGAUUUAAUUUUAGUCAUCGGUCUAAUAUAAGGCAUACCUGAUGUGAAUUGGUGUGUUUGCUUUGGAUGUUUCGGUGUGAGCUGCCUUGCUUUGAACACAGGUUUAUAUUAUUUUCCUUCCAUAAUGUUGGUUGUGCCUGUUCGGACAAGAAAUUUAAUACCAGUACAAACAUUAGGAUAUUAAAUUUGUAAAUACAAAUUCACAGGGCACCAAAAUGAAAAUGUAAAAAGAAAUGAAACUCGAGAUAAAUGGUGAGUAAUAUUGUCUUUUUUUUUUUUUUUUUUUUUUGGUCCUUUUUAAGGUGCAGCCGUAGGUAGUACAUACAUUUAAGUUGAAUAUGAAUGAUGUAUUAAGUAUUCAGUCGCUUGAAUAUGUUGAUCAUAGGGGUUUGGGCGACUGGCUAAUUAACAUCCAAUCCAUAGCUCUUGUCAAAUAAAAACUUUGCAUUUUACCCUUCAUGAACUGUGCUUAGAAUGUUUUAUUGAUUUGGUAGUGUAAUUAAAAGAUAAUUAUCUGGUGGUUGUCCUGU